CUGCGCCUUUUGCUGUGAACGGCGCAGUUAUGAAUAGCAUGAUGUGAAGACGUUACGUUUAAUGUUUUGCGUGCACACAAUCAGUGUUUAUAAGAGGAAGCAAAUUGCAUCCACAUCUCAAUGCAAAACGGCUGUUUUCUUUAUGGACUUGUAGGAAACAGUGAGCGCCAUUUUUUUGGUUAAGCCAUACUGUUUGGUUUUGCCUCUAGGUUUUGCUGAAGGGAUGAUGCACCCAAAGGGACAAACGCAAAUAAGUAGUUCAGCCACGAGGGCUCCGAUGACCACUCUUGCGCCAAUUACUGCCUAGCGCUUUAACGGGCCACUGAUAUAUCAGUCGAUGAGAGGAUCAUAUUGCCUUUCAGGUGCUCUUUUUGCGCAGCCGCUGCACGCUGCGGAACAACAGAAAGUACAACAGGGUUUGGUUACAGGAUGGUGGCGGAGAUGGCGAGCUGCGGAGCGGCUUGUCACCUGGAGGACGGAGACGGAGAUGUCCCUGCACCUGAAAACAAAGAUAACCUGACAGAAAGUGACAGCAGCAGUUCAGAGAACACAGGAACAUCCACUGAGGACAGCUCAGAGGAGGACGAGGAGGAUGAGGAUUCUGAAGAAUGUGCUGAGAAGGAUGGAGGAGAGGAAGACGAUGAAGAGGCCCAUGCAGAGGAGUCUAAAAAUGAUUCAGUCCCUGGACCUCUAGUAGAGGUUUCAAAUGGGAAAGAUGAAAGGCCCUUCAAAUUAUGCUGUGAAAAAUGCAAAGCCAUCCAACAGAGCCAUGGCAGUGAGCUUGUUACCCCCAGGAGGAUCUCUAAGGGACGGUUACAGGUGCAGCUGGAAGGAGAAGGAACAUACGAGUGUUCGGUCACCGGCCUGGUGUUUGAAGCCUCGGAGCGGGUCCUCGUGCGGUACUCAGUCUUGUCCUGGUCCAAGUUUGGCGCAUUCCUCCGGGACUCCUGGAAAUUUGCUGGACCAAUCUUUAACGUGGACACUGUCAAUAAGGAUGCGUCUGUCCUCACAUCCAUCCAGUUCCCUCACUCCGUCUGCCUUGCCGAUCCAGAAAAUGAGAUGACAUUCAGCGUCCUGCACAUAAAGGACAACCGUCCACUCAUCGAGCCGACAGUGGACCACUCAGGUAGCCACGUCAAGUGGAAUGUGACCUCCCUGUCACCCGUGGGUCCCAUCAUUCAGACCAGCCAACCUGUAGAGCGCCAUGGGGUGGUCCUGGUCUACAAGCAGCUGGGCAGUGACAACAACAGCUACAGCUUCCACGUCUACUUGGCCACCAACAGUGCGUCCGACAUCAAGGACAUAGGCAAGCAGGUGCGGUGCUACAAAAAUCGCUACAAAAAAAUCGAGAAGCCUCCCACGUGCAAACUGGAUGAGGGGAUGUAUCGUCUCCUGAGCGAGCCAGAGGGAGAGAUCAAACCUCAGGAUUUGAAAUUCACUCUUGCUGUGACUAAGAUGAAAGGCUACUUCGAAGCGUUCUUUGAGCAACCUCCUCCCUUUAAACUGUCUCUCGUAGAGAUUAACACGGAGGAGACUGUAUGGUCCGCCACCAUCAGAGAAGGUGACUGUGUGGAUAACACUGAAAAGAAGCCGAGGAAAAGGACGAGCAGCAGACAGAGGAGCAGCAGCCCCUCAGAAGAGGAAACAACCUGUAAAAGGCCUCGAUGGCAGGAUGAGUCAGAUGGAGUGAAAACAAUAGUGUCUCAGGGCCAGGACAUGUCAGAGAAGCAGCUACUGCAGGUGGCCAAGCGGCUGGGGAAGGAGUGGAAGCAGGUGGCCAUCUUCUUAGACUUGACGUCCAGGGAGCUGGAUGAGAUCCAGACCACAGAGAAAGAUGUGACCAUGCAGAAGCUGAAGAUGCUGGUGGAGUGGAAGAGCAGAAGGCGGCCGGGAGAGGCCACGGCAAUUCAGCUGUGGAAAAGUGUGAAGGAGCUGGACGACUUGCCAAAUGAGGUCCAUCAGACACUGCAAGAUAUGAUGGACAAUUGAGGAGCUAAGUGAAAGAGACUGGACUCAAAUGGACUGCUGGAUAUUUGCUGCUCCAUCAUCAGAAAGAAAAGUAAAAUCUCAGGAAUAGAGCAAAGCAGAGUUGACCAAUGGACCGAGCAUCAGCUCUUUUCCCAGUUUGUGCAUCUCCUUUUGAAUAUUUUCUGGACAUGUACGUGAGUGAUCUAUGGAUGGGCAUUUUCCCUGAUUUUGUUCUAAUAUAAUCCUUUGGUUCUGUAAUGAAUACAGAAUAGACGAGCUGUAACCAAGGCUUCCUUUGUGCAGCAAGAAUUUGAUGCUUAGCAUUACCAGGUU